UCUGUUGUCCACUGAGGGAAACCUCGUCUUCUCUGCCAUUGUCCUUUCCCUCCUCUGCCUUUCUCUUCUGUAUUCUGCCUCUCUCUCUCUCUAUCUCUCUCUCGCUCCCUCUCUCUCACUCACACUCUAUCUCUCUAUCUCUCUCAUCCCUCCCUCUUCUCAUUCACUCCACUCUGCUCACUAUCAGUUCCAAGUUCACUGACAACAGAGAGAUGAAAGAGAAGAACCCCUGGUACACACCCCUGACCAUCAUCAUCACUGUGAUUGGCGUCAUAGCGAUUGUUGCUUUGGUGACGGUGGCAGUUUUGCAGAACAGACCUCUCCUCCAAAAGUACAAGUAUGGCAUUGUGCUCGAUGCUGGCUCUUCCCACACAGCUCUCUAUAUCUACCAGUGGCCAGCAGAGAAGGAUAACAACACCGGAAGGGUCGAACAGAAGCAUUCCUGCAAAGUGACAGGUAAAGGUAUCUCAAGCUAUGCAGCUCAACCAGAGAAGGCAGGAAUGUCCCUGACAGAGUGCAUGCAAGAGGCUGAGAUGGUGGUUCCAGCAAAGAGACACAGCGAGACCCCUCUCUAUCUGGGGGCAACAGCUGGAAUGAGACUACUUAAUAUUGAGAACAGAUCUGCAUCAGACCAGGUGUUUCAGGCAGUUGAGAAGGCCCUGCAAAGCUUCCCCUUUUCCUAUCAGGGGGCCAGAAUCCUGAGCGGGCAGGAGGAGGGGGCCUUUGGCUGGGUCACAGUCAACUACCUGGAUGAUCGUCUCAAACAGGGUCUUGAAACAACAGGGGCUCUUGACCUUGGUGGGGCCUCAACUCAAAUUAGCUUUGUUUCUCAUGAUUAUGAUAUUUCGGAGUCACCUAGCAACUCUAUGACCUUCCGCCUGUACGGAAACGACUACAACCUGUACACACACAGCUUCCUGUGUUACGGGAAGGACCAAGUACUAAGAAUGGCACUGGCCAAACAGACUCAAUUAGGUCCAAGUACUAUACUUGAUCCGUGCUUCCACCCAGGCUACACGACGACAAGGAAUUACUCAAGUCUGUAUGACAGCCCCUGUGUUUCAGGCAGGAGACCAAGAGAGGCUCCGACUAACUUCUCUCACAAAGGGGAAGGAAACUUCACAAAAUGCCAGGAAGUUGUCAAAAGUCUGUUUAACACCACGGCCUGCAAAUACAGCAAAUGCUCUUUUAAUGGAGUCUUCCAGCCACCUCUGCAAGGACCGUUUGGGGCCUUCUCCGCUUACUACUAUGUGAUGAACUUCCUCAAUCUGACUGAUACAUCCAUCCAUUUAGAAACUGUGAAGAACAAUCUGGCAAGCUACUGUGCUACCCCAUGGAAUCAGAUAAAACAAAUGCAUCUGAGUAAUGUUAAAGAGAAGUAUCUGGCUGAGUAUUGCUUCUCUGGCACAUACAUCCUUACACUGUUGACAGAAGGAUACAACUUCACCAAGGAGACGUACUCAAACAUAAAAUUCAUCAAAAAGAUAAAAGGCAGUGACGCAGGCUGGACGCUGGGCUAUAUGUUGAACUUGACCAACAUGAUUCCAGCAGAGGCUCCAGACUCACCCCCUCUCCCUCAUGCCGGCUAUGUCUCCAUAGUCACUGUCAUUGCUGUAUUGCUCUUUAUCCUCCUCAUCCUCAGCCUGCGCCCCGUCUGGCCCAGAUGCUCAAAGCAACCACAGAUCGUAUAAACAUAAUGAUGAAUCUGUGUUUGAGUGAGGAAAGCCUAUGAAGGGUUGUUUGUGUGUUUUUGUGUGGGUGAAAGGUCAUCUAAAGCUGUCAAACAAAGACCUGUGACUCAUACUGUUUUAAGGAUUUUUUUUUAGAAGGGCACACGUUUUCACUCAUCUAGCAGUGAAAAUCUGACUGAAGGACAUUUUCUCCAUUAAAAUAUGUGCACAAAUGUAUGUUUGGGCUUGAAUGAGUGAAACUGAAUGCAUGUUUGGAAGUGUGCGUGAAUCCACAUUAGUAUGCAUGUUUGUGUUUUGAAUUAUGUUGUGAAUAUGUAACUGUAUAAAUAAAGCAUACUGAGUUUAUGUAAAAUGUUCUGUUUGA